CCAUAAUCCACGUGGGCAUUGUUGUACCUCUGCACAAUGACGUAGUCAGGAACUGUUUCCAGGCCACACAGCUGAGUUUUGAGAGUUAUUAAUUAACAGUUAGCUAACGUGUUCGGGUCGGAAAGGGUUUUCGCUUUUGGAGAGUCUUGUUCCAUGUCAUUAAACUUUUCAUCAUUCAGGUUGACUGAUGUUGAGUUUGUCAUCUAAGGCCAAAACACGGUCAGUGUUUGUGUGUGUUUUCGCUGCCACAGAGCACUUUGUAAACUCACACUAAGUCAGUUUUAAAAUGGUGCCUGUCCGUGCUGCCUGCACCUUCUUAAGCCUUGCACCCCUGUUGGUGCUUGGUGUUCCUCCCAUCUGGACCCAGCCAGAGCAGGUGCACCUCUCCUACCCAGGAGAGCCAUGUUCCAUGGUCGUGACCUGGACCACCUUCAGUAAGACCGAGAGUAAGGUGGAGUAUAGCCUCCUGGGAGGUCGGCUCUUUGAGAUGACUGCCAAAGGUGACGCUACUCUGUUUGUGGACUCGGGAAAGGAGAAGAGGAGGAUGUACAUCCACAGAGUCACUCUCACAGGCCUCAAACCUGCUGCUGCUUAUGCGUACCACUGUGGCAGCGAUGAUGGCUGGAGUGAUGUGUUUUCCUUCACCGCUUUAAACAACAACACAAGUUUCAGUCCCAGGUUUGCUCUGUAUGGUGACCUGGGCAACGAGAACCCUCAGUCUCUGGCUCGACUUCAAAAAGAGACUCAGCUUGGCAUGUACGAUGUCAUCCUGCACAUAGGGGACUUUGCCUAUGACAUGCAUGAGGACAAUGCCAGGAUUGGGGAUGAGUUCAUGAGGCAGAUCCAGUCCAUAGCAGCCUACGUGCCCUACAUGACCUGUCCAGGCAACCACGAAUCUACAUACAACUUCUCCAACUACAGGAAUCGCUUCAGUAUGCCAGGCCAGACUGAGAGCCUGUGGUACAGCUGGAACCUGGGGUCAGCGCACAUCAUCUCCCUCUCCACCGAGGUUUACUUCUAUCUCGAGUUUGGCCAGGAGCUCCUCUUUAAGCAGUACAACUGGCUGAAGAAAGACCUGGAGGAAGCCAACAAGCCAGAAAACAGAGCAGUACGUCCAUGGAUCAUCACCAUGGGGCACAGACCCAUGUACUGCUCAGAUGACGACCAGGAUGACUGUACCAAGUUUGACUCUUAUGUCCGACUGGGACGGAACGACACCAAACCGCCAGCUCCCGGUCUAGAGGAUCUAUUUUACAACUAUGGAGUGGACCUGGAGCUGUGGGCACAUGAGCACACAUAUGAGAGGCUCUGGCCUGUCUAUGGUGACAUGGUGUACAAUGGGAGCAAAGAGCAACCUUAUGUGAACCCCAAAGCUCCGAUUCACAUUAUCACAGGCUCUGCUGGCUGCAGAGAGAAGACUGACAGGUUUAACCCAAACCCCAAAGAGUGGAGCGCUUUCCGGAGCACAGAUUACGGCUACACCCGCAUGCAAGUGGUCAACACUACUCAUGUUUACUUGGAGCAGGUCUCUGACGACCAGUAUGGUAAGGUGAUUGACAGCAUAUGGGUGGUGAAGGAAAAGCAUGGCUUCUCUGCCUGGUUCUGAAGACUACCAUCUUUAAAUAAAACUAUCUGCUCAGGAAAUGCACUUUGAACUUAAAACAAGCACUUUUUUAGCUGUGCCACACUAAUUAUGCUGUGAUAACAAAAAUCAUACAAGCUUUCCUUCACAGUCAUUCAUGAAUCUUUUCAUUUCAGACACGUUUCAGUAUGAUUUAUUCAAUCUGAGGACCAUUACUGUAUAUGACGAUCAUCUACUGUAAAUGUAUAUAAUGCAACUUUGCUGCAAGGUGCUCUACUAAAUAGUGUUUUGUAAACAGGGCAUCAAAAAUUGUUUGAAUAAAUUGUGCUUUUUUUCUUUUUUUUUUA